CUUACGAACGGUCAUAAACGCCGUCGCGCUCACGGCGUCAGAAAGAGGAGGGAAAUCAAAUUGCUUUUAAACACAAUUCAUUUUCGCCGCUAAUUUUCUUUCAUGUGGUCUGUCAUCUCAGUUCAUUCAGUUCACUCCCGCUUCUCUCCCUCAAACUCUGGCCAGAGUCUGCCCUAAAAUCGUUUUAGGGCUAAACUACUAGUAAUUCAAAAUCCGGGACUUUAUUCAAUCUCAGGUCAAGGGCAUCUUGUGUUUUGCCCAAAAAUGGAGGACGUGCUUUGAUUGGUAAGAAAGCUGCAAUCGUGGUUUUCGAAGCCAAGGCAUGGCAAAAGUUGUUGCACCAAGUUCGUUACUUCACCGCUCUCAUCUAAUUGGCUCAGGGCCCCGAAAUAGUGACACAAUGAUGAAAAGAAAGACGCCUUCAGAACUGAGGGGAGAGCAGUUGAAGCGGGCUAGUGCUGCGACUGUGGACCUUACAGAUGAAUCUCCAUUGCCUUUGAGCAGUACUUCAAAUGAUGUGGAUAAUGGGCUUAAAAGGCCAGGGCUGUCAAGGAACCCAAAAUUCAUUGAUACACGUGUUGAUGAUGUAUUUCCUGCCAAAAAGUCCAGGUUUAGAAUGACUUCUGGAAAAGAAAACGCCAAGGAAAAUACAUCUACGGAGAAAACUAGCACCCUGAAGAAUCCCUAUAUUCUUACUAAUUUGGCUGCCACAAAACAGCAAGGGAUAUCAUGCUUAGAGAAUACUGUUGCUUCUAGUGAAGCAAACAAAGAUAGUACAUUGCAGUCUUGUCAUACAAUUGAAAAGUGCAGCCAAGGAAAGUUCCUCACUGUAACUGAGCUUUCAUCAUCUGCUGAUAGAUCUUCAGGCUGGGCUGCUAUAGAUAUGGGUAAUGCAUUAAGAGGACUAGCUGCCCCGGAACUGAAUGUGAGCUGUGGUUUAGCUGCUAAUUCAUCUAAAAGACUUGGAGAUACUGCAUCAACCACUGUGGGCAAUUUUAUUAAUGAGUGCCAUGUACCUGGCCAUAAGUCUCCUCUGGAUCUUACACUCAAAACUAGCAUGCGUAUUGUAUCUUCUUCUGUGAAUUGGACUCAGAGGUCAUUUAUGCGCCGAACCAUGCCUCAAUUCACCUUCAAACAUGGCACUUUCAAGGGUCAAAAUAUGGGUGGUCAUUCACCUAAUUCUGAUGCCUUUGAAGUUUUGCAUUCAUGGAUGUAUCCUCAAUCCACCCUGCCACUUUCCGUCAUAUCAGUGUUGAGCUCAUCAACUGCUGAUGGAGUAGAAUUGGAGUUUUUAAAUAAACGGCAAAUAGAUUGGGAAGAAUCUUUCCGGAACCUCUAUUACAUGCUUCGUAAUAACACAUGUGGCAUCUUUUAUGUUUGCACUUCUCAGUUUGUGGCGAUGUUCACUGGCAGUGAUGGCUCUGAUAAAACUGCCACUGAUAAAUCCACUUCCUCUUGCAAUGCUUAUAUCUCUCAAUCAACCAGAGGCUUGAGAUCAUUAUUAAGAGAACAUGAUGUCUGUUUCUCUAUGCCUCUCUGCCAUUCUAAAGUGGAGCAGAUUGCUACUGAAGACCUGGUUGAACUCUCAGAAAUAGAAAAGCAUAAUCUGGGGCAGACUCGACGGAUGAGAUCCUUCUCUGAUGUUGAUAAUACCCCACAAUCUUUGUUGGUUUUCAGUGGCAACAUAAAUGUACACGGUUUAUAUGACCUUUUACUAAAUUACAGAUCUUUCUUUACCUCACUAUCUGGUAUGGAUGUCCCUGUAUUAUGUUCUCCCGUGCCGUUUCAAAAUGCUGCCGUUUCUUCUCCUGAUAUUAAAUGCAUGGAGAUGAGAAGAGCUGAACAAAUUGCUGCCUCCUAUGAUGAAUCAUAUAGGAAGGAUGCUGAAGUAGCCCAAGGUUCACCAGAUGGCCUUUGUUGUAGUAUUGAAAUCAAAAACACGAUUCUUCCACCGUGGAUUAUUUCUGGUAUUUGUUCACUGAUGAGUUCUGAAGGAAGAAAGUUUGAGGCAAGUUUUGUGACAGAACCGAGCUCAAUUGGCUUGAAUGUUGCUUUCAAUUCAACUUUUGAGAAAUCAGAAUCUAAAGCUGCAAGUGAUGGAAGCUUGCAAAGCUGCAAUGGUACAUUUGGUAUUCCUGGAGCCAUCGUCAUCUCUGGCAUGCGGUCAUGUUCGCUAAAGGGUCUAAAGUACUCUGAUGAUUCUUAUAUAGCUUCCCUAUCGCCUUAUGAUCAUAUAUCCUUUAGAAGUAACUCUGGUUUCCAUCACAUUGCUGACUAAUUAUUUCAAUCCUUACAGUUUCCUCCCUGGUGUUAAAGAAUUCCUGUCUUCUAGAAUCCAUCUUGGAAGAACAGGUUGUAACAAGAAUUUGUAUAAUGCCAAAAUUGUAAUUUUUAUAAGCAUAUCCUUAUUUGGUGGUGAUCUGCUUAAACCCUAGGAGUAUAUUGCACAUGUAAUUUCUAUUUGGAUUUGAAUCAUGUCAGAGUGUUAAAUGUUUUCCCCCCAA